GGGCCUGGAGCGAUUUUAUUUUCUUAAGGCAGGGCUCAGUCACAUUAUAAAAAGCCAGCUGGCCAUUGACUUGACACCAUACCAGAGCGACCACAAAGCCUGAUCUUCUCUGUGAACCAGGUCCAGCCUCCUUUGAAGCAUGAGUUCCCACCAGCAGAAGCAGCCUUGCACCGCACCCCCCCAGCUCCAGCAGCAGCAAGUGAAACAGCCCUGCCAACCUCCACCCCAGGAACCAUGUGUCCCCCAAACCAAGGAGCCGUGCCACACCAAGGUGCCAGAGCCAUGCCACACCAAGGUUCCUGAGCCAUGCCACACCAAGGUGCCAGAGCCAUGCCACACCAAGGUUCCUGAGCCAUGCCACACCAAGGUGCCAGAGCCAUGCCACACCAAGGUUCCUGAGCCAUGCCACACCAAGGUGCCAGAGCCAUGCCACACCAAGGUGCCAGAGCCAUGCCACACCAAGGUUCCUGAGCCAUGCCACACCAAGGUGCCAGAGCCAUGCCACACCAAGGUUCCUGAGCCAUGCCACACCAAGGUUCCUGAGCCAUGCCACACCAAGGUGCCAGAGCCAUGCCACACCAAGGUUCCUGAGCCAUGCCACACCAAGGUGCCAGAGCCAUGCCACACCAAGGUUCCUGAGCCAUGCCACACCAAGGUGCCAGAGCCAUGUCAGACCAAGGUUCCAGAUCCCUGCCAUCCUGUGGUUCCUGAGCCAUGUCAGACCAAGGUUCUGGAGCCCUGCCAUCCCAAGGUUGCCGAGCCAUGUCCUUCAACAGUAAUUCCAGCACAAAUUCAGCAAACCAAGCAGAAGUAAUGUGGCCCACAGCCAUGCCCUUGAGGAACCAACCACUGAAUGCUGAAUCCCCUCCCCUACUCUGCUUAUCUGUUCCACUUAUAAAUAGCAUGCUGUGAUAACCCUCUGAGUCAUAACCCCUUCCUCUUUGCACCCUCUAAAAAGAUGUCCCUCACUCUCAGUCUGAAGGGCUUCUGAGCCCCUGAAUAAGGCUGAAAGUCUCACUGGCUGAGCUAGUUUUCUAGCUGCUCGGGGCGCAUCUAAAGAGUGAUUGGGGUGGGGAUCAAGUGACUCUUCCCUGCUCUGCCCCCAUUAAAUCAUUUUUA